AGUUAUUAAAGCGAUUGAGAACGGAUGUCGAGUGAAGAGGAAUGUAUUUAACACCCCCCCCGCGCGCUGUGGCAGUGGUUCAGUCCGGCGGUGGAAUUCCGAGAAGUGAGAGCGAAGCCUUCAGAGAAGUUCAGAUUCCAGGAACCGCCGAGAGACAGAUUUCUAAGAAAAACACACCAGAACGUUAGCAUGAGCCACGCAGCAGACGGCUGCAUUCAGUUCACUCGGCACGCGGGCGACGUGCUGUUCAACUUCAACCGCCUGCGCAGCCGGAACAUCCUCACCGACGUCACGGUGCAGGUCGGGGGCCGAGAGUUUCACGCACACAAGACCGUCCUUAUGGCCUGCAGUGGCUUCUUUUACACCAUCUUCAUCAACGGCCACAGAACCGACCCUGCGGUGGUUAGCUUGGAGGCCAAGGCCGACCCUGACGGCUUCGCCAUCCUGCUGGAGUUCAUGUACACUUCCUGUCUGAGCCUAAAAGAGCGCUUCAUCGUGGCCACACUCAACACGGCCGUCUACCUGCAGAUGGAGCACAUGGUGGAAACCUGCAGGCGCUUCAUGGAGUCCAGGAGUUUGAGUGUGAAGCAGCAGCAAGAGGAACCACCAGUUGGCUCCACCCACUUGCCUCAAGACAUAAACCUUUGUGACCUCACUCCUCCUGUGGUUCACUAUACACUUAGCUCAUCUCCUAGCAACCCGACUAGCAUCUACAGCCACCUUCCUCCUCGCCCUUUUCCCACCGGCUCCGUCUCAAACGCCAAACCGAUUUCCUGGGAAAUUCCGAAAGAGAGCCAAGCCGCAACAUCCCGGUCGUGUUCAAAUCCGGGAGGCAAGGGUCGGAAUGUGGACCCCCCCGUCUGUCCGGAUCGCAGUGCGGUGGUGGAGAAUUCUCCUCACAUGGUCAGUCCUCGCAGCCCUCUGAAGUCAGACUGCCAGCCGAAUUCCCCGGCCGAGUCGAGCAGCUGCGUCCGAGACUCCACGUCGCCCCAGAAAGUGCGCAACUGGAAGAAGUACAAGUUUAUCGUUCUCAACUCGACUGAAGGACACGUGAACCCGCUCUGGAAUUCCAACAGAUCUGUGGAGAAAUGCAGUGAGACUGAGAGGAAACGGACACCUGUCUCCAUGUCCACUCACUCUGCGAGACAGGAGAACAUUGUGACCAAAGCAGAGACGAAGACGGAGAGCACUGAUCCAGCCUGGAGCGAGUGGGACAAAAUGGAGAACGACUCUGAGAACCAUCAGUGUCUCCAUGACCCCAAAUCGUACGACUGUGACCUCCUCAGAACCUCCUUCACCUCCAACCACAACCUCACCAACCACAAAUCUGUCUCUCCAGGUGAGAAGCCGUACUGCUGCAGUGUGUGUGGCGCUCAGUUUAACCGGCCGGCCAACCUGAAGACUCACCUGCGCAUCCACUCGGGUGAGAAACCCUACAAGUGCGAGACAUGUGGCUCCGCCUUUGUCCAGGUUGCUCAUCUGCGUGCUCACGUGCUGAUCCACACCGGCGAGAAACCGUACUGCUGCUCGGUGUGUAACACCCGCUUCCGCCAUCUCCAGACGCUCAAGAGUCACCUGCGCAUCCACACCGGCGAGAAACCCUACCACUGUGAAACGUGUGAUUUACGUUUUCGACACAAGAGUCAACUCCGUCUGCACCUGAGACAGAAACACGGCGCCGUGACCAACAUCAAGACCUCCAACCGCUGACACACACUUACCCUCGGUGAUACAUCGGUACACAUACUGUGGUGUUUGAAGGUCCGAGUCCACGACUAAUCGCUCAUCACCAAACUAACGUCACGUUAUAACUCUCUGUAUUUAUGUAACGGUUAGUUAGGGGGAAUACUCUGCUCUGAUUGGCCGUUCCCCCCUCCUCACACUCGUGCAGGAGCACAGACGAGCACUGGAUGGAUCUGAUUCCGUGCAGAGAAAAUGUAUAUUGGCAAUCAAUAUAUAAAUAUUAGAAAUUCUGCAGUGUAAUCGGAUUUCUAAGCACUUCCUGGUUCUCUGUGGUCGAUCAUUUGACUGAGCGAUUGUUCAUGCACUCAGACUUCACGUUUUUCUGUUUUUCCUUCGAAUAUACAGUAAUCUGUGUAACGCUUACGCAACAUAUGGCAUGAUAUAAACAACAUUGACUUUUGCACUUGUUCAACAUGGUACAUACGACGUACCUCAAAUAGAUAUAUAUAUCAUUAGAUAUAGAUUUAUUUAUAUACAUUUUAUAGAUUUUCUGUACAGUAUUUUGCUAAAAAAAGGUGAGAGUGGAGACGGGACGGGGGUUUGUAAUAAAAUAUUUCUGAUAAAAAAA